AUGGAUGGCUCUCAGGACUACAUGGCCUUUGCUCUUUGCUUUGUGGCAGUGAGCAUUUGGCUGCUGGAGCGCAAGGUGACAGGCACUGCACAUUUGGUUGCCUACUUCCGCAGCAUGCAGCAGCUCUUACCCGAGCUGCUUUCCCUCAGCCUUUGUCUCUCGCUUGCUUUGGCCCUGGUCUACUGUGGCCAGCACAACGGGGGAGCAGAGAUUCCGAAGCAGGAUGAAGCUUUGUGGAGUGGCAUCAAUGCUGAGAGUGGCCAAUUUUGA